AUUAAUAUUACUGAACUUCCGUCUUGAAUCGAUUAACUCUGUUCGUUAAAAAUGAUCAAGUGAAAAGGUUUUUCAAUAGCUAAUCAUGUAGUCAUUGGAUAUUGGACCACGUGCUAGUGUUUUCGCAACUCUAUCGUUUGCUUGCGAUACUUCAUACUCCGUUCCAUAUUCCGGACAGAUUAGGUUGUCUGGUGAGGUGCGGACUUCAUCCUCUGUUAUGACUCGUGAGGAGACAUGGAGUGAGUUUUGUUCGGUCGCUAGCGUCAGACUAUCUAUUGAAGCACUUCAGCUGUUCAAGGCCUAUUUAAAUGAUAAUCGUCAUGAUGACAAACCUGGUUGUGCUUUGGAGUUUUUGGAAAUUAUAUUUAAGAAAAUGCGUCGCAAAUUUGAAACAUCUCUAUCUCCUUGCUAUUUUGUGCAGGAAAAUAAGCCUGCCGAAAUACAGUCAUCAAAAACAGGUACUUGGUCGCGUUUUAUGUGAUUAGUGCUUUUUGUCAUAGGCGUAAACAGGGCCUACGUUUAUUGAAGAUUAUCUAUUUACUAAUUUAAUUUACCAAAAUAUAUUUCUUCACCUAUUUUACUUGUUAGUUAGAUGUACAGUCUUUUAAGGGUUGCAUAGUUCUUUUAUUUAGACCACUGUGUUAGGCAAUGUAUAACGAACCAGUUGUUAACUCUUGUCGUCUAGAUUUAUUGUCGUGAGGUUGUCGGGUACGUUUACUCUUACCCUAACACUCAUAAUUGUCGAACUAUGGUUGUGAGCGAGUAACCACAUGUUAGUAAAUGAAAGGAUGUUUUCACUAUAAAUUAAAUUUUAACGUCUUGAUCAGGCCCGAUUUCUCUGCAUAUAAACGGAUUUCAGAUGUGCAUCAUACUGUGGAAAUUGUCUAAAAGUUACAGCUUAAUUCAUCUUAUUUCUUGCUUUGUCCCCCCCCCAUUAGAUUGACCUGAAUCACGGCUAUGUGCAAUAUUAAGAAAUUAGAGAUUCAUUUUCUUACUAUAGGUAAACAGUAUUGUAAGUAUGGUGAAAACUGUCAAGUCAACAAAUCCGUAACAUGUCGGGAUUAUGUAAAGAUGUGAGCAGAUUUAAUCGUAUAUUUUUGAGGUCUCUCAUGGUUGGCUUUUCCAUAUACUUCGGUAUGAAUGGUUAUAGAAUAUUAUUGCACUCCUAAUGGUAACUUUCUAUCCGAAACCGGGGAAAUUUAAUAAAGCUAUUAGUCGUGGCAGUCAUGGUGGUACCAUAGUUGACUUCCGGCUGAAAGCUGAUCUCUUAACCAGACAUGGUUCAUUCUUCACAUCUAAAUGUUUACAUACUUUUCACUAACCUUGCUGUUUUAUCUUCGUUACAUAUUUUUAGCUUUAGAGGUGCCUGUUUCUAUACAUACACGAUGCUUUCAAUUGCAUGUAAUAAGGUACUGAUCUCAAAAAUACGAGUGAACGUUUGUCUUUCAAAGAAGAAAACCUAUCUAUAAACUCUUCCUCCACAGAAUUGAGUGAAAAUUUUUCCCACAUUGCAUAUGCUAAUGCCAGUGCUGUGGUAGCGGCCGCACGGUCCAAGGCUGUGGCUGCCUCAGGGGUUCGCAACACUUCACCUCGUGGCAAGAGCUGUGAUAUACCUUCAGAUAAAGCCUCAAAGAAUAUCUUUUCAAGAACUCGACAUUCAAGAAGUGCUCCCAACAAAAAUUCUAAUCGGCAGCCUUCAGUUAACCAGCAAGAUUUUCAUCAAAAACACCACUGGCUAGGAGAGCAACAGACAAAAUUCCACACAGAUUCGCCAAUAAACCAAGGUGUUUCGGAAAUCAAACCUAGUUGGCGCCUGAGUUCCCUCUGGCUUCGACGUAGUUUUACAAUCGCUUGGCGUCGUAGAUCACCUCUUAGUGUAGACAGUUCUCGAGGGAAAUAUGGGGGGUGAGAAUCUUUUUGCUUAAACAUUAAUUAAAUGGAUUACUCUUCCUGUAAAGAGUAGUAUUGAGUCUGGGAUGUCUUUAGUAUAGAUUUGUAGUUUUCAAAUCAACCUUUUCCAUCUAUUCAGCCCAUUAGGACUAGUUCAACUUGCCAAUUCAUUUAAAGAAUCUGCACACUCCAAAAAUGAAGGCAAAUUUGGAGAUCUAAGCUAGAUUGUAUUUAUAAUUAUAGGGUGAUCGGCUAUUCAAGCAAGAUCGGAUCACUACAUUAAUGCUAUCGUUAUCGGUUUUGCUUCGUAUUGGUGGAGUGUUUUUGUAUGAUUUUUAUCCUACGAAUAAUCAACAAGUUCUAAACUUGCUACAUAACCCAGUGGUCUUCAAUUUAUGAAUCCUUCCACCUAAUUGGUUUUAAAAACUUAAACAUUACAGUUAACAUUUAAAAUUCAUCUGAUUGUGUAGCCCCAGCACAACGUUUUGCGUGUAGUAAAUGUGUUGCACUGUAUUGUGAUUGUCACUAUUAGUAAAUUGGUCACUUUAGCGAUCUAUCAGUAUUUUUGCUCUGGCUAACCACAAAUGUUGGGGGUAGGAAUUGAUUGCACAUUAGCACCUACUACUUCAAUCAUUGUGAUCUAUACAUGUGAAUAUCCGGUGCUUUAACCGGAUUCCAAACCAAUCGUACAUAUGGGCUCCAGUAUCCUGCGGGAAAAAUGGCGUAUUAACCAAUUGUUGGUCACCGACUUCCAUGGGACUGCAUCUCCUUACGAUGCUCCACUGCCUUGUGGAUCAGACCUUCAGGUCAAAGGCUCGGGGAGUGGCCCCCUAAGAAAACCACCUGCUUCGGUUCGGGUACCCGGGCAGUAUCACAGCCCUCACACAUAUCGAAUGAGAUUUGUGUGGCGCAUAUGUAUUUGGUGCCUUCUUGUACCAAUAUCUAUGUGUUAAAAUAAAUAAAAAUAAAAUACAUGUUCACAACCAAGUUUUACUAGUUGGUUUCGUCUCACACUGAUAGCUGUGGGGCGGUGUCAUUAUGUUGACAACCAAAACUAAUUGAUAUUUAUCUAAAUCAGCUCCCAACUGGUUAAUAAUAAAGCGCAUUUCUGUUAUCUGUCCCGUCAUUAUGGUAAAUAAACUGGUACUUUGUUGCUGCAACAAGAAACGAACUAACAAAUAUUAAUCAAACCUUUUAUUUUAACAUGUCAGCGAUCGAUUCUCUAAGUUGCACAACACAUAAAUAACAAAUAAAGGUCAUGUAUGAGCUGUGAUACGUUCCAAAUCACCUAUUCUUUAAUAUCUUAGUGUUACGCUUCUGUUAAGCAAUCUGAAGCUUUCCAUUACACCAUGUAAAAGACGGCACUUUAUUGGCAUCUUUACUCCAUGUACUAAUGUCACCGAUAAUAUAGCUUGAUUUUUUUCACAAUUUACGAACAUAGAGUAGGUGAAUCACGAGAUUUAUUGUCGUAUUGCCUAAUUCUUAUCGGCUACUUGGACGUUAUUUUUUUCUGUUUUCAAUCGAACAUAUAUCAGUCCUUAUCCUCGUUCUCCUGGGACUGCUGUAAGUAUGAAUGCUGAAGUAGUUCGUGAAGGUAUUGUGAUGCAAUGGCUUGGUCCACACUUUGAUUCACAUCGUCCUCGUAUUGAUUGUGAAAAGAUGAAUAAUCCUGAAGCUGGAGUUGAGAAGAAAACUACACAGUGGGCUCAGUCUCGUCUUUGUUUAUGUAGUACAAGCGCAGGCCUUAUUUUAGAAAUAUUUACUCCUCCUGAUGCUGAACAAUCCCAGUAUGGUCUGUGCUGUGGUCUUAUUUUCGACGUUCGAUUGGUCUGUCCUGAUGAACUUACAGACCCUCGGAACAACGUUUUACUUGUUAAAACCGAAUUCGGGGACCAAAAGAUUUUUCAGUCAUCGGAUGAAAUCGAUGCCAACGAAUGGAUCGCUGCUAUACGUAGUGGCUUGCCACCAUUGCGCAGGAAUCCUGUUUCUCCUAAGUAUGACAUUGACCCUAGUCGUAUUGUAACUUUUGUUCGAUCUGAACGAUGCACUAACUGUGAUGCGAUUCUGGAUUCUAGUUCAAAAUCACCCUCUGAUAUACUGUCCUCAGUCCCUUUACCACCAAACAAAACUGAUGCAAAUGAAUUAUGCAUUGGAUUCGACCAUAAAAAGGUUCAUGACACAUCAGUAUUUCAUUCUACUAAUUCCAAACCACUUUGUACAGAUAACUCAGCAAACUCCACUCCUAUAUCAACAUUUGCAUGUGUUUGUAGCCAUGUCAGUAGUGUACCGGAUGUUUGGUCUGCCUCCUCUAAAUCUGAUCGUCCCAUUACAAAUCAUAGGUAAAUCAUUUUUACAAAAUUUUCACAACAGACACUUUUUACUUUUAUGCAUUCAGUUUAUUAACUAUAAGUGAGCUAACAGUCUUAAGCAAGCAAAAGUAGUUCUUUAUCAAACACUGUAAACUAGAAAACCAUUUUUCUAAAUAUAUUUAAUUAAUUAAACUCGCCUCCUAAAUUAAAGUUUAUUCUUAAUCGGUCAGUAUGCUAGUACAGUUAAACAAUUUUGUUGAUAGCGUUAGUUGAGAUUACCAAUUGCAUUUUCGAUUGGGAUCAGGAAUCGAUGAAUUUUAGACCACCAUUGAAAACCUGGAAACACUGGACGGCCGUUUCGUCCUGGUAUGGGACUCCCCAGCAGUGCACAUCAACGGUCCCGCACGCGGGAUUCAAACCCAGGAUCUUCGGUUUCGCGCGGAAACGCCUAACCUCUAGACCACUGAGUCGGCAUCCAGAGGUGUCAAUGUCUAACUUCAACCAACCCACGAAAUUGCGCGAACAUCUAUUGUCUGAGGCAGAUACCUGUCUCUACCUGACACGGAUUAGCAGUCCAGCGCUUCCAGGUUUUCGAUGGUGAUCUAACAUUCAUCAAUUCAUGAUUUCAAUAAAAAAACUUAACAUUCUCAACAAUUCCACACUGAUAAUUGCAUUUUCGUUUGGAAGUGUUACUUCAAGAUAUUUCAAAAAUGUGCAUCAUUUUAAGUUAUUACAAUUAGCUGCACAAUAAAGGAAUAUUAAAACUAUUGUUAGAUAAUUUUUCGAAUCCUAAUAAAGGUCUAAGAGGGGAAACACGUAUUUAUCUUAUUUCCGAAUUUAGACUAUUCAAUAGAACUGAAAAGAUGUAAUGAUUAAGUAGUAUUUCCUUAAAUCCCACCAGCAGAUUUCUGGAAUUCUAGAAUUCUUCAAUAGAGGCGUUUUCAAUACGUGAUUAAUCGAUGGACUCUAACCUUCAUGCUUAUCAUCAGGGAGUACAUCCAACCACGGACCCACGAUUGCAAAGCUUACAAGUGUCUAUCGAGAUUUGGUUACAUUCAUCACAUUGUGGCGCAUACGUGACACUGUGGACACCUUAAUAAGUGUCUACACGAAUAAUGCUUGGGCGAUAUUGUGACGACUGAAGAAAUAUAAUUUUAUUACUCUAUGAGUAAUAUGUUUUCAAGUUAUGUGGUCGAAUUAUUGAAUUACAUCUGCUGUGAUUUCAAAAUACCUAGAGCUAUUUCCAGUUCUUGGGUUGUAUAAAAGGUUUUGGUCUUUUCUAGUUCUUUCGUUCUCUGUAAAAUACUAUCCCUUCACACCACUUACUUUCUGGUUUGCAAGGGUAUUUUUGGAACCGCUCAAGGUCGUCUGUGCAGUAUAGUCUCCCUGCUGUAAUUACCAGUGGCCUUUCCCAUUUUGACUUCAAAGUUAGUAUUCAAUAGAUAAAAUGUGAAACGGUUUUAUAUUCUCUGUUUUCUGUCACCAUUUUUGUCACGAUCGCUCUGAUCUAGAAUUGAGGUGGCACAAUCUGGGUGGUAUUCAGGGAAAACAUGUCAUUAAGUUAAACUCAUCUGUACAUAUACUGUUCAUUCACCAUAUUCUAACUAUAUUUGUGGGUUAAGAUGCGUUCUUACAGCUGAGUGUGAAAUUUAUCCAUCCCUCUAUUUUAUUUUUUUGCCAACCUUCGUCACUACGUGAAAAGCAAGAAUGAAAUUAGUCUUGGCUACGAAACGGAAGUUAACGAUAUUUGAUCAAAAUUUGUCCUUCUAGGAUUGAUUUUUUGUUUACAAUGUCAUUCUCUUUGGCAAAUGUUUUGCGGUGGAAACAAAUGAUUUAAAUGUCUAAUGUUAAUCAACAAUAUAAAUGUUAGUUUUAUAGAUUUUGUAACUUGAAUAUUUUAUUUUGUUGGCUAUCACUAGUAUGAAUCUUAGCCAAUCAGAUGGAUGCACUGCUACAGCGAAUAAUACUAUAUCUUCUCAUGGAUUUAUAAAACCUUCUGCUAAUGGUAUGUUCGAUUCUUCUUUCUCUCUCAUUACUGUUUGUCUAUUCACACUGUCUACUCUUGUCUCCUCUCUAUUAUAUGAUAUCUGACUGACUAUACCGUGUUAUUUGUUUAAUUAUUAAAACCAUGAAAUACCAUCAGGUUAAAUCCGAUGAAAAUUUCAUUACGAUUCAAGUGAAUGUUAGGUGUAUUGAUAGAAAUAAAUAGUAAUAAAAUGUUUGAGUGAAAAGUUUGCCUAAAUACAAGCUAAACUUGAAUAAAAUAAUCAGUGAUUUUGCUUUUAAAUUUUACCUGAUAACAUUUUAAACAAACUUCACAUUGUUGCAGGAUUUCAUCAACAAAUUUUUCUACAUCCCCUCCAAUAAGUUCCAUCAUUAGUUAAUAAUAACAACAAUACUGUUCAGAAUGGAAACCCCUCUCAAACUCAUAUUCUAACUAUAAUAUCAAAUAUUCUAGAUGUCGGUGCAUUUUCCAUCGAAAAUUCAAGUUUUUAUGAGAUUUCAGUAUAAGUUCUAAUUAGUUUAUUAUCAAAUGAUAAUCUUUAGUUGUCCUUCUUUCUACAAAAUGGUGCAGGAUAUUUGUGAAUUAAGAUUUAAAGUGAUCAGUUUAUGAGCGAUAUAUUAAUGGUGUAGUUCGAUUUUUCGUAUAUGAUAAUCGAUAUAAUGUGUAUAUCUGUAUGCGUAAAAAAGCAGUCGCCUACCUCAUUAAUUCAGUAGCAAUCGCUUUAAAUCGGUUUCUUUGUUUCCUGUGCUAAUGACAAGGAAUAACUAACGUAUUGUGCACUUCAUAUCUGGUAAAUCUUAUAUCUUCAUAGUCCUCUCAUGUAUUAUGUGGUUUAUUAUCCCUCAGUAUCUCUUAGUACCGAAUCCCACCUAGAAUCCAAGUAAAACUGAAAAGAUCAAUGCAAUGUCUAGUGCUCGGUUAAGUGUGAUUCAAAUCAAGUGUACAAAGCUCUACUUGGUUACUACAUCAUGUUAGUUAUUUUUGCAGAUAUCAAUAAAUAAAUUGUAAAUACUGAGUUUUUACAUAUUCAUAUAUGAAUUAGCUGUUUUCCUCAUUACUUCUUGAAAUUGGGACUGUAACCUAUUUGUGUAAAAGUGAUUCAUUUCCUUCUAACUUUUUUAUCCCAUUUAAUCACUACUAUUUGUAUUAUAUUUUUUCCAGUUCUUUGUCCUACUCCAUCGCGACCUUCUACCUUCGCCUCAGGAUUUCGGCAUACGUCGCCUUCCUCUCAUCCCGUUUCAUUACACUCGAUUAGCAGACCAGAUAAAAGCAAUAGGUUAUGCAGUUUGACAAACAAUACUUUACUAGAACAAAUUAAUUCACCUAAUACAAAUCAAUCAAGAGUCGAUAGUUUUCGAAGUGGAGCGUUUUCUGUUUUUAAUUCUUCAAACAACCUGCCACGUAUUUCCUCACUGACUUCUGGUUUUGAAGAUGUAAUUGGUCACCAGCUUUCUAUUUACCCAUGGUAUCAUGGAACGCUUUCACGAGUUCGAGCCGCUAGUUAUGUAUUGGGUCAACUUUCGGAGUUUGAACAUGGUACUACACAACAACAUCUAACUUGUCCUGAAGCUGCUGGAAUAAGUUUUAACUUUGAACAAAAUACUACUGACUUAUCGAACAUGCCACCUGCUUUGCCAACUACAGAUGGUGUAUUUCUUGUGCGUCAAAGUGAAACAAAACAGGGUGAAUUCGUCCUGACAUUUAGUUGUCAUGGUAAACCUAAGCACUUAAGAAUGACUUUGAGUCCAGAUGGUCAUUGUAGAGUUCAACACCUACCUUUUGAUUCAAUCGUAGAAAUGUUGGAACAUUUCCGACAAGAACCUAUUCCUUUAGAACAAACAUUAAUAUCAAAUAUGACUGAUGGCUUAUCUUCUGAUGUUUUGCCUAAUUCCACAACUUCUACUCCUACUCCUAUCACAUUGUCAGCUUAUGUUGUUAAUACUCAUUUGACAGGUAGUCGUGAACGACUAGUUAUUUGUCGCGGUUCAGUUCGUGCUAACUCAAAUACAGUAGGUCGAGCAGCUGCUGUAGCUGCGGCGACCGCAUCAGGUGGUAAAGCUGGACAAAAUCAAUACAUUGUCAUGUAAACAGCAAAAGCCUCUCUGAUUUAAACUAACAAUAAAGUCAAAGUAAUAACCUUAACAAAAUGUCUCCUUUAGAUUGUUUUCUUACUCUGAACUGUUGAACUGCUUUAGCAGAGAAAAUUUUAUUAAGGUUAUAUAUAUAUAAAGUCCCAUGACUUCCCAUCAGUCUUUUUCUUCAGAAUCUGUUAAAAAAAAUUGUGCCUUGUAAAUUAUAUAAACAAAUAUCUGGCCAAUUUAACUUACUGUUGUAUACAUACGUAGGUUAAAAGUUUGCUUCCAUUUAUUUCAAAAGUUAACUGAAUAACCCAUUUUUUUCUUUUCAUUUUAAACUCGUCCAUAUUCAUGUGAACAUGCGUAUAACUAUUUUCUAUUUAAUAAUUUAUUUAAAUAAUUCAGAGUGCAUUUAUUAUCAAUGUAUGAAUUAUAUUUUCAAAUUGUUGAUCAUUUUAUUCUCUUCUCUACCUGAUGAAUUAUUUAUUUUUCAAUGGCUAUUAUUUUAAUCUAAUUGUUUUUUUUUUCCAUAUGUCUGUAUACAUACAUUAUGGUUGUCAUAUACUGUGCAAUAUUUUUUUUCGGUGGAUAUUAUUAUUAUUAUUAUUUGAUUUUUAACUCCACUUGUCGAUGAAAUGCAUUUGAGAUAUCGCUUUACGCAAUAGUCUAAUUCAAUUGAAAUAAAGGUAUCAAUUUUAAUAGAAUGAGUUUUUAAUUGUUGAAAUAUCUCCCAAUAUCUUAAAACAUAUGUGUAUAUACGAAGAAUAUUCUUUUCAAUAAAUUCUCUACAAGUUCCAUAACUAUAUAUCCAAAUUAAUAAUCCAAAAAGUGGUCAGGUUUACGGCAGAAUACAUCAUUUAAAAACUAUAGUAUAUGAAUUUAAGAUUGUAAAAUAAUGUGUAGGAUGACUGAAAUGAAAUGUUGACUUGAUUAAGUUGCAAAGAGAUUAAAGUCUUUCCAAUAGAAUAAAUCAUUUAAGAUUCAAUAAUGCAGUCGGAAUAUUUGAUCUGAUAAUCUACUGCUACUCGCAAGUAAUAUCUUUGUUGCAACUAUGACACCGGACGGCGCGUAUCGCUAAUUUAAAAGAAAAUGGUUUCAGAAUAUUUUCUGAUUAGAAAUGCCCAUUUGUCAGUAAACAAUACAUUCGCU